GCGCCGCCGCCGCCGCCCGCGGGGCCGGGACCCGAUGCGGCGGGAGCCGCGCAGCCUAGAGAAGCCGAAGCGGCACUGCUUGGGGACAGCCAUAUUUCUGACUCCAUAAAGUGGCUUUCUAUGUAAACUUUGUAGAGGGUCAGAACAAUGCCUCCACGACCAUCUUCGGGCGAACUGUGGGGCAUCCACUUGAUGCCCCCACGAAUCCUCGUGGAAUGUUUACUCCCAAAUGGAAUGAUAGUGACUUUAGAGUGCCUCCGUGAGGCCACGCUGGUCACCAUCAAACAUGAACUGUUCAAAGAGGCCAGGAAAUACCCUCUCCAUCAGCUUUUGCAAGAUGAAUCUUCUUACAUUUUUGUAAGCGUUACCCAAGAAGCAGAAAGGGAAGAAUUUUUUGAUGAAACAAGACGGCUUUGUGACCUUCGGCUUUUUCAACCCUUUUUAAAAGUAAUUGAACCAGUAGGCAACCGUGAAGAGAAGAUCCUCAAUCGAGAAAUUGGUUUCGUUAUUGGCAUGCCAGUGUGUGAAUUUGAUUUGGUUAAAGAUCCAGAAGUCCAAGACUUCCGAAGGAACAUUCUGAAUGUUUGCAAAGAAGCCGUGGACCUGCGGGAUCUCAACUCGCCUCACAGCAGAGCAAUGUAUGUCUACCCUCCAAAUGUCGAGUCUUCCCCAGAACUGCCAAAGCACAUCUACAACAAGUUAGAUAAAGGACAAAUCAUAGUGGUGAUUUGGGUAAUAGUCUCUCCAAACAAUGACAAGCAGAAGUACACUCUGAAGAUCAACCAUGACUGUGUGCCAGAGCAAGUCAUUGCUGAAGCCAUCAGGAAGAAGACCCGGAGCAUGUUGUUGUCCUCUGAGCAGCUGAAGCUCUGUGUCUUAGAAUAUCAGGGCAAGUACAUUCUGAAAGUGUGUGGCUGUGAUGAGUACUUCCUAGAAAAGUACCCUCUCAGUCAGUACAAGUACAUAAGAAGCUGUAUAAUGCUGGGAAGGAUGCCCAACUUGAUGUUGAUGGCCAAGGAAAGCCUGUACUCUCAGCUGCCGAUUGAUAGCUUCACCAUGCCAUCAUAUUCCAGGCGCAUCUCCACAGCUACCCCCUACAUGAAUGGAGAGACAUCUACGAAAUCCCUCUGGGUUAUAAAUAGCGCGCUCAGAAUAAAAAUUCUUUGUGCAACCUAUGUAAAUGUAAAUAUUCGAGACAUUGAUAAGAUCUAUGUUCGAACAGGUAUCUUCCAUGGAGGAGAACCCUUAUGUGACAAUGUGAACACUCAAAGAGUACCUUGUUCCAAUCCUAGGUGGAAUGAAUGGCUGAAUUAUGAUAUAUACAUUCCUGAUCUUCCUCGUGCUGCGCGCCUUUGCCUUUCAAUCUGCUCUGUUAAAGGCCGAAAGGGUGCUAAGGAGGAGCACUGUCCGUUGGCCUGGGGAAACAUAAACUUGUUUGAUUAUACAGACACGCUAGUGUCAGGAAAAAUGGCUUUGAAUCUCUGGCCUGUACCACAUGGGUUAGAAGAUCUGCUGAAUCCUAUUGGUGUUACUGGGUCAAAUCCAAAUAAAGAAACUCCAUGCUUAGAAUUGGAGUUUGACUGGUUCAGCAGUGUGGUGAAGUUUCCAGACAUGUCUGUGAUCGAAGAGCAUGCCAAUUGGUCUGUGUCCCGAGAAGCUGGCUUCAGUUACUCUCAUACAGGACUGAGUAACAGAUUAGCCAGAGACAAUGAGUUAAGAGAAAAUGACAAGGAACAGCUCCGAGCACUUUGCACCCGGGACCCACUGUCUGAAAUCACUGAACAAGAGAAAGACUUCCUAUGGAGCCACAGACACUACUGUGUAACUAUUCCUGAAAUCCUCCCCAAAUUGCUUCUGUCUGUCAAGUGGAAUUCCAGAGAUGAAGUGGCCCAGAUGUACUGCUUAGUAAAAGAUUGGCCUCCAAUCAAACCAGAGCAAGCCAUGGAACUCCUAGACUGUAACUAUCCAGAUCCCAUGGUUCGAAGUUUUGCCGUUCGGUGCUUGGAAAAAUACUUAACAGAUGACAAACUCUCUCAGUACCUCAUUCAGCUUGUACAGGUCUUAAAAUAUGAACAGUAUUUGGAUAACCUGCUUGUGAGAUUUUUACUCAAGAAAGCAUUGACAAAUCAAAGGAUUGGCCAUUUUUUCUUUUGGCAUUUAAAAUCUGAGAUGCACAAUAAGACUGUCAGUCAGAGGUUUGGCCUGCUGUUAGAGUCCUACUGCCGUGCCUGUGGGAUGUAUCUGAAGCACCUGAACAGACAAGUAGAGGCCAUGGAGAAGCUCAUCAACCUCACUGACAUUCUCAAGCAGGAGAAGAAGGAUGAGACACAGAAGGUACAGAUGAAGUUUUUGGUUGAACAGAUGAGACAGCCAGAUUUCAUGGAUGCUUUGCAGGGUUUUCUGUCCCCUCUAAAUCCUGCUCAUCAACUAGGAAACCUCAGGCUUGAAGAGUGUCGAAUUAUGUCUUCUGCAAAAAGGCCACUGUGGUUGAAUUGGGAGAACCCAGACAUCAUGUCAGAGCUACUGUUUCAGAACAAUGAGAUCAUCUUUAAAAAUGGCGACGACUUACGGCAAGAUAUGUUAACCCUUCAGAUCAUCCGAAUCAUGGAGAACAUCUGGCAAAACCAAGGCCUUGACCUUCGCAUGCUGCCUUAUGGCUGUCUGUCCAUUGGGGACUGUGUGGGUCUCAUCGAGGUGGUCAGAAACUCUCACACCAUCAUGCAGAUCCAGUGCAAAGGAGGCCUGAAGGGGGCACUGCAGUUCAAUAGCCACACACUGCAUCAGUGGCUCAAGGACAAGAACAAGGGCGAGAUAUAUGAUGCAGCUAUUGACCUGUUCACUCGGUCCUGUGCUGGUUACUGCGUGGCAACCUUUAUCUUGGGAAUUGGAGACCGGCACAACAGCAACAUCAUGGUGAAAGAUGACGGACAGCUGUUCCAUAUAGAUUUUGGGCACUUUUUGGAUCACAAGAAGAAAAAAUUUGGCUAUAAACGGGAACGUGUGCCAUUUGUUUUGACGCAGGAUUUCUUAAUCGUGAUUAGUAAAGGUGCACAAGAGUACACGAAGACCAGAGAGUUUGAGAGGUUUCAGGAGAUGUGUUACAAGGCUUACCUAGCAAUUCGGCAGCAUGCUAAUCUCUUCAUCAACCUUUUUUCCAUGAUGCUUGGCUCUGGAAUGCCAGAACUGCAGUCUUUUGAUGACAUUGCGUAUAUUCGAAAGACUCUAGCCUUAGACAAAACUGAGCAAGAGGCUUUGGAAUAUUUCACAAAGCAAAUGAAUGAUGCACAUCAUGGUGGCUGGACGACAAAAAUGGAUUGGAUCUUCCACACCAUCAAGCAGCAUGCAUUGAACUGAGACGGGAGCUGGGGACUGCAAGCUGGCUCCUGGCUUCUCUACUGCAUGGCAGUGAGUGGCAGCAGGCAGACCGUGGCAUGGGAUGACACAGUCAGGAACAACAUUAGGACUUGAGCAAGAACAUUAAACAACGUGCUCUAUAAUUGAAACUGUACACGCAAACAGGGUUGGAUAGCACUAAACUAGUUCAUUUCAAAAUUGAGCUUUAGAAUAAUGAGCAAUUUCAUGUUAUGCCUUAAGUCCAAAAAAGGUAAACUUUGAAGAUUGUUUGUAUCUUUUUUUAAAAAAACAAAACAAAACAAAAAUCCCCAAAAUACAUACAAAUGAUGGAGACAAAAAGAGAAUGCUGUUGUUUGUCUGCCAGUGUUCUAAGAUGUGGACACACCCAGGCUGUGACUGCUAUAGGUCUGAGUAAGCUAAAGCUUAUAUUAAGUUACAUGAAAUUGGAGAAGAAGGAAAUUUCUGAUUUUCCCAUUGCUGUUCAGACUUAAUGAUUUGAAGUGGGUAUUUUGACUCCCUGCUUAAUGAGGAACAACACUUGGUGAAGGGACUUGCUUUUUGCUUUGAACAAACAACCCUUCGAUGGACUUGGGGUCUCACCUGCAGUUUUGAAAGCAGUCACAAAUGAUACCUGCAGACAGCUGCAUUUUUGUUGGGUUUUGUUUUUUGUUGUUUUUUUCUCUGAACAGUAUUUACAAGGAUCUGACUUAUUUCCUAGGGAAAUUCUGGGCUCGCAUCAAGUGCAGCAGUAACCACAGAGGAGAGGCGGCAGGGCGCUCCUGCCUGACGUGUACAGUAUUCACUUUAAGCUGAUUGUUUUCCUUUUGCAAUUGAACUGAAUACUUUUUUUUCAUGCAUGUUUUCCAGAAAAUAGAAGUGAGUAUUAAUGUUAUUAAAAAGAUUAUUUUUUUUUAUUAAAGGCUAUUUAUAUUAUAGAAACUAUCAUUAAUAUAUAUUCUUUAUUUACAUAAUCUGUCCCAUAGUCAUGCAUUGUUUUGCACCCCAAAUUUUUUAUCGUUGGUAACAGCAUGGUUAGCUUUUCUCUUGGUCUGUAGAUGAGGCUCAGGCACUAUUCCAUUUAUCCAAAUACCCUGUAUGACUCCUAAGGAACAGGUUGAGCUGCACACGCUUUCCUUCUGCUGCUGUCCGUUGUUUACACGAUGCUUUCAUCGUGCAUCCAUCUUUAGUUGAGACGGCACAAUCAUAUGAACCAGUUACUAAAGUGAAUACAAAGUAGACUAUCAUCCUGACUCUUAAUCCCUCUACAGAGGUCUAGUCAUGAAUGACUUUUUACAUUAUGAGAGACUGGAAACCAUGAAUUUUUUUUACCUUUGUAAACUAUGUAUCCAUAUUUCAAUGAUAAAAGUAGGACAUUAACCCAUUUUACUAUCAUGUCCCAUUUCCAAGUGGUGAGGUCUCACUCCAACUUCAUUAAAUCCCAUUGAGGCACAGAGUGCGUUAUGAGCAUUCUGAAAAGCAUCCAUCCAAGACGUAGGGCUAAUGUUAGUGGUCACUCUAGAUUUCUACUCAGUGUCUGAAUGAUUCAUGUCCUAGAAAAUAGCUUUAGCAGAUAUUCAGAUGCCACACCAAAAAGAAGAAAAAAAGAAAAAAAAGAAUAAAUAAAAAGAAAAAAAAAAGAAAAAAAUGUGCAAUAAUUUACUGACAGUUCCUAGCUUAGGCGUUACCGGGAGCAUCUUUAUGGAGAGCGCGCGCUGUACACUCUAGAAGCAGAAUCCCUUUAAUAAAACGCUCACCUUGAGGUCAGACACCUAUAUAGAAGUUUCGAAUAGUGAGCAGGGGACUCUAAUAAAAAUACUCUUAAUAUCUGCCUAUUUUUAGAACCCUUAAAGGGCAUAAUUAUUGAAGAUUUAGGUACUUCAUUAAAGCAUGUAUAUAUUAUUGCCAACAAGAAAAAUAAAUCUGAAGAUUAGGGAACUUAGUUCUGUAAGCUGUCUUGGAAUAGUUAAGCAGAAUUUAAGCUCUGUUUUAUGCAGAAAACCAGAUAGAUUCUUUUGCAGAUAUAGAAAACUUCCUAACUUAUUUAAACUUGGCAUUUAACACCUUGUGUUACUUAGACAUGCAGUUGCUAGGUACUAACACCCAUUCUUCUCUAUAUCAGGGAUUAUUACAGUCAAACUCAGUGACAUGGUACAAAUCUACAAGUUUGAUGGUGGAAACUGAAGAAUUACAGAGAAUUGUGUUUUCCUGAGUGCCAAAAAAAAAAAAAAAAAAAAAAAAAAAAGCCUCGAGCCUCCUUGCACAAAAUUGAUAGGGGUGUGUGUGUGUGUGUGUGUGUGUGUGUGUGUGUGUGUGUGUGUUUAACAUUAGUUCAUUAGUUGCCGCAGUAUCGCCUCCCAGGGUCUCUGCACAGUUAAAACACAGCCACGUAGCUUAUUUUGUCAUUUACAACCACGUUGAUUUUAUUUGAAAGAAAGUCUAUAUUCUAUAAAGGGUAUAAGUAAAGAAAAGAGAACUGGUUGUAUUCAAAAAAGGCAAAAGCCAAAGUUGAAUUGCAGCUGGGAUGAUCAAUAUCUGUUUCUAGAGAGCAAUAAUGUGCCACUCACUCCCAGGUGCUUCACUACCAGAAAGUCCUGCAGACCCGGUCACCUUUGUAGAUGACGGUCUUGUCCUUGAAUAUUGUGUAAAUGACUUGGGCUCCAUAAUUUCACUAAGUCACUUGAGGAUGUUUAUCAGUAAUUACUUCUGGAAGGAAAGAAAGCAAAUCUAAAGAAAGAAACUAAAUACACUAUAGCAAGAAGUAACUCUUAAAUCAUGCUUUCACUUUUUACCAUAUUCUCAGCUACACAGAAAACUUUAGUUUGAAGGUUUUAGACUGCUGUUAAUUUGAAAUCUGUUGUUCUUACUGUGGAGUUUGUUCGUUUGUUUGCUUUCUGUUUGUUUUUAAAGAUGUUUCUAAUUAGAUUUUUUUUUUUUAAAAAGAAGAAUGGAAUCUGGUUGCUAUUUUAAGGUAGAACCUGAGACUUUUUAUGGUUCUUCAUGUCCUCUGUAAAACUUGGUGUCAAGACUCAUCAACUUUAAGGCUGUCCCUUCUGUUCUGCUUUAUAUUACUGCCCAUCAGGAAAUGGGAACCUGGUGAAUAUAUAAUGAAUUGUAAAAUAUUUUAAAUGUGUAACUUUUUCAACUGUGAAACUGACUUGGUUUUUUUGAUGAAAACAGCUGCUCAUAAAGUAUUUUGUGUAAAGUGUA